UGCUGCAACUUAUUGUUGCACUAAAACAUCUAGAUUCAGGCAUGGGGGCAUUUUGCUUGAGGUGGCUGUUGUUGGUGUGGCAAUGCUUUGUAAUCCCAGUAUGGGGGCUGGAUUUUUACAAAGCGGCGGUCUGUGAACACCCGACAGUGCUAGAGCUAAACUCAAUGAUCCCUUCCACACGUGAGGGGGCACUGAGGCUUAUGCAGAAAAACCUGGACAAAUACCAAGAGCAAGUUCAUGAAGCAAGCAAACAGGGAGUUAAGAUAAUUGUAUUUCCAGAGAAUGGUAUCCAUGGCUUUCACGCCAACAGAAGUGCUCUUUUUCCAUAUUUGGAACCUAUUCCAGAUGCUAAUGUUGUUCAGUGGAAUCCCUGUCUGCAGCCAACAGACUAUAAUGAUACAGAGGUCCUUUAUCAACUGAGCUGUAUGGCAAGAAAUGGCAAUAUGUAUUUGGUAGCAAACAUGGGGGAAAGACAAACCUGUGAGCUUAGUGACCCUCAGUGUCCAGCAGAUGGAAGAUAUCAAUUUAACACAAAUGUGGUUUUUGAUGCUGAAGGCACUCUCAUAGCCAAAUACCAGAAAUGGAACCUUUUUAUGCUAGAGGUUGCUUAUGACACACCUAAGACAGUGCAACAUGUCAUCUUCAAUACACCUUUUGCUGGAAGAUUUGGCGUCUUUACUUGCUUUGAUAUAUUGUUCUAUGAGCCAGCAGUUAGUUUAAUUGAGCAUUAUGGUGUAAAACAAAUUGUAUUUCCCACAGCCUGGAUGAACGUGCUGCCUCUCUUAUCUGCAAUAGAGUUUCAUCAAGCAUUUGCCGCUGCAUUCGGUAUCAACCUUCUUGUAGCCAAUCAGCAUCAUCCUGAAUACAACAUGACAGGAAGUGGCAUCUACACUCCUUUAGAUUUCCCCUAUUACUACAACACAAAGAGCAGUGUAGGAAAACUUCUGGUUGCCAAGGUCCCUAUAAUUACAUCCAUCAAAGAUCACAGCCCAGAACAGUCUAAGUCUCAGAGGACAUCAACUUAUCUUCAGAGGAACAGACAUAUUGAACCUUCUGUCCUUCAGCAACAGAAGGGGGGAGUAAAGCCAGAAAAUAUUGAGCCAUUGAAACAUCCUACACUGUCCCACCUGGAUAGUCCUGGAGAUAUCUUUCAUGCUUUGAUGAUUUUUGAUAAUUAUACAUUUAUCUCUUUGAAAGGCAAGGAAGGUAACCUGCAAGUCUGUUCCAACAGCCUUUGUUGCCAUGUAGCCUACAAAUGUGGCAACAUACCCAGUGAUCUGUAUGCUUUAGGAGCCUUUGAUGGGCGUCACACUGUAGAUGGUAUCUACUACCUGCAAGUCUGUGCCUUGGUGAAGUGUGCAGGCUCUAGAUAUGACACCUGUGGACAAAGUGUUACAACUGCCUCCGAUAUCAUAGACUUUAAGUUGUGGGGGAAUUUCAGCACACGCUAUAUUUAUCCAGAAAUACUGGCUAGUGAGAUGAAAAUUCAUCGUGCAGAUACCAUGGGGUGGGAUAACAAUGAUUUUUAUAUGACUAAGAAGGGGAUGUCAGCAGGUCUUGUGACUGCAGCAUUCUAUGGAAGAUGGUACGAGAAAGAUUAGCUUUAUGCGAUGCAGGUUGUUUCAAAUGUGUGAUAUGAAUUAAAUAUAAUAGCAUCUUUGCAAAUAAUUUGCAGAUAUUUUAUAAUUAUAAUGCCCUCACAUUCUUUGUUGGAUCCUGAGUUUUAGGCAGUUCCUUCCAUCAGGAAAAGGGAUGUCAGAAAUAACACACUGAUGAUACUUUUUCUCCCAAAAGGUUCCACUUGAAGAAGACAAUAACCCUUUGUCACAAUAAUCACCUGAAUUGUCACUGAGCCUAUUUCAGAUGGCAGCACUACCAUGGAACUUGUUUCUGGGUCUCGGUGCAAUAGCUCGAGUGAAAGUCUUUAGACUUUGUUGACUUCUCAAUUAACCACUGUCCAUGUGGAAGAUUCCCAAUGCAGUCAGACAGUGGCAACAAUUUUAGGCUCCAUAGUGACAAAAGUUUCUGCUCUAUGGGUGCUACAUUGAUAUCAAAAUUUUGUCUGUGCUGCACAUACACACCUUCUGUAUGACCCUUGCCAGAUGCCAUUUGAUGUCAUUUGGCAGAACCACAAUGGAUUCCUCAUUUUUGUUUUUAAACAAGUGACAAUGAUUUCCAAGUCUACAUACAUACUGAUACUGCAGCAAGAAAUCUAGCAGUUUUUAAGAAUUUAAGAACUAAUUUGCAGAAAUUAAAGGUCACAACAAGGUGACGAUUUUAACUUUGCCUUUCAAAGACUCUGUCUAACCUAUUCAAGGCCAUUAUUAUCCUCCAAGGCAAAGUGCUUGAGAAGGGGCAAUAUGGAUAUUAUCUCUAAAUUACCUACAAACACUUCUGUCCCUGAUGUUAAAAAACACAUGCAAAACCAUGAAGCCAUGCAUCAUUGGUUCUGAGAUUUGAAUUGACAAAAUAAAGUGAUAUGAGUUGCUUUUUCACAUAUUCAAAGGGAAAAUUUACUUGAAGUUUAAGGGAUAACCAAAUUUUAAUUAAAGAAACUAAAAAAGAUGAAAAGCGGUCUUGAUAGUUCCUGAAUAGCAAUAAAUAAUUGGCCGGAUCUUCCACAGAGCAACAAUCAUCAUUGGAUUGCCGCUCCAUGCAAACUUUUCCAUAUCCCGACACUGCUUUGCAUUUCUUGCCCAGUUUUCCAAGCCAUGUUGAUUAAAAGACCCACCUCGGUUUCUCCAGACCAGAGCACAGCGUCCAUUGAAGAGAUCCGUCGCAAGGCUGUAGCGUCAGGGGGGGUGACAGGAUGAUACUCCCUUUUUACGGCACUAUCUUUUGUUAGUUUAAAGAUCCAGCAUGAAUGUCAGUGAAUGGGUGAUUGGAUGAAUGGGUGAAUGAGUGGAUGAAUGAGUGAAUGGGUAAUAGAAGGGGAAGGUGAUGAGUUGUGAGGGGUGAGGGCUGGAGGGCCUAAAUUGUAACAAAACAACAGGAAUAAAGUCCCAGAAAACCGAGACGGGCCUUUUAAUCAGCAAGGCUUGGCACUCAACUGCCCCUUUGGAAGCAUCUGAUCUGUUUCUGGAAUGGCUGGACUGACUCUACCCUGCAGCCAACCCUCUGAGUGAAAAUUUGAUCUGAUGGGUCACGGCCUACUGAGAUGGGUCUGCCAAGUCGGGAAAUUUCCUGACUCAAUUACUCAUCUCGAUAGCGAAAAUCCGGCCCCAAAACUAUAUACUGUACUAGGUGUAGUCUCAUCAAUGUCAUGUACAGUUGUAACAUGACUCCCCUACUUUUAUACUCCAUCCUUUUGCAAUAAAGGCUAACAUUCCACAUGCCUUCUUAUUACUUGCUAUACUUGCAUGCUAAGUUGUGAUUCUUGCACAACGUCACCCUGGUCCCUUUGUAUCUCAGCAUUCUGCUGUCUCUCUUCAUUUAAAUAAUAUUCUGCUUUUAUAUUCUUCCUGAUAAAGUGGACAAGUUCACAUUUUCCUACAUUAUUCAUUGUAGUGAUUAUAGGCAAAAUCUUUCCUACUGCAUUUAGGGGUCAUGUGAUUGUCCUGACGAAUCAGCCCUAAGCACGGAUAAUCUUGGGAUGGAGCUUUUUUAGUUGUGGACUUGGU